GCAGUUUCGGUUGAUGAUGAAGCUUGCGGAAGCUAACGGGAACCGCCACCUUUCCUACUGCUGGCUGCUGCGUCGUUCGAGGAUUCGCAGCGUCAGUUACGCGCACACACAGAGAUUCCAAGAGAGUGGCGGCGAGAGUAUCAGAGAGGCCACGCAUGCUAGGUAGAGCGCGGAAAUGGUGAUGCCCGAGUCGUCUGAACGCCACCGGACCGCGUCUCGUCGAGCGAAUCAACCGCCGACUCGACCGCAACUUGGAGCUAGGGUUCCGCUCAAGCGGUUACUUCGCGUGGCAUCUGUCGCAUGUGGAAUUCAAUUCGGUUGGGCUUUGCAGCUCUCUCUUCUUACUCCUUAUAUUCAAGAGCUUGGUAUUCCUCAUGCUUGGUCAAGUCUCAUAUGGCUAUGCGGACCGCUUUCUGGCCUCUUUGUCCAGCCGCUCGUUGGCCACAUGAGCGAUCGCUGCACCAGCCGAUACGGCCGCCGGAGGCCGUUCAUUGUAGCUGGAGCGCUUUCCAUCGUACUCGCCGUCCUUAUUAUCGGUCACUCAGCGGACCUCGGUUGGUUGCUUGGUGACAGAGGUGAUGUUAGGCCUCGUGCGAUUGGAUUCUUUGUGUUUGGAUUUUGGAUUCUCGAUGUCGCUAACAACUUAACGCAGGGUCCUUGUAGAGCUUUGCUUGCUGAUCUUACCGGUAAGGAUCAUCGAAGGAAUCGAGUGGCAAAUGCUUAUUUUUCACUAUUUAUGGCGAUUGGUAAUGUUUUUGGGUAUGCCACUGGAUCUUUUAGUGGCUGGUGCAAGAUCUUGCCGUUUACUCUUACCUCUGCAUGCUCGGUUAAUUGUGCAAAUCUCAAGUCAGCUUUCUUGAUUGAUGUCGUGUUCAUUGCAAUUACAACAUAUUUGAGUGUUUCAGCAGCUCAAGAGAUUUCUCUAGAUUCAAGCGGCAGGUCGUCCCUGGUAGUGGAAGACGGUAUGGGGCAAUCAAGUCAUGCUUCAGAAGCAUUUCUCUGGGAGUUGUUUCAUACUUUUAGACACUUCUCUGGGUAUAUAUGGGUAAUUUUGCUUGUCACUUCCCUGACAUGGGUAGCAUGGUUUCCAUUUAUUCUAUUUGAUACUGAUUGGAUGGGUAGAGAGAUUUAUGGUGGCAAGCCAAAUGAAGGACAGAAUUAUAGUUCUGGAGUCCGAAUGGGAGCAUUUGGCCUGAUGUUUAACUCUGUUGUCCUUGGAAUAACUUCAUUACUUAUGGAGAAGCUGUGCAGAAAAUGGGGUGCUGGUUUUGUAUGGGGAAUCUCUAAUAUUUUUAUGGCUCUAUGUUUCCUUUCUAUCCUGGUUGUUACUUAUGUGGCCAACAAUAUGGGCUAUAUAGGCCAUGAGCUUCCACCAAAUAGUAUCGUAUCAGCUGCAUUGAUUAUCUUUGCUCUUCUUGGCGUCCCUUUGGCAAUUACUUACAGCAUUCCAUAUGCCAUGAUCUCCUCACGUGUUGAAUCUUUGCAACUUGGUCAAGGUUUGUCUGCCGGUGUCUUGAACUUGGCAAUAGUAAUUCCUCAGGUUGUGGUAUCCCUGGGAAGUGGACCAUGGGAUCAGCUGUUUGGUGGUGGAAAUUCUCCAGCUUUUGCUGUGGCAGCAUUUGCAGCCUUUGCAAGUGGACUCAUUGCUAUCUUGGCCCUUCCUCGGUCUAGUGCUCAGAGUCCCAGAGCCCUCACAUGAGAGUAUUUGGAAAGCUUGGUUGGUGUGCAUCUCAUCCAUGAUCAACAUGAGAAUUUAUCGAAAUUUUGAUGCAAAAUACGUGUAACAUACUAUAGGUCUGAGUUAACCAUUUUAUGGUGUGUGAUGGGUUGGGGGAGUUUGUUUGAUAGAUUACAGUAGAGAAAUGAGGCCUGACCCAAACAUUUGGUGCAGCGCACGUGUGUUUUGUAAGCCAUGGACAUAUAUUACAGUGAUCAGUGGUGGGCGCUUUAUAUAAGUAAGCGACAGAUGAGGAAAAACAGGAUAUUGAUUAAGCAGACAUACUGGUUGUUCAGGGAUAAUUAUAGCAUUAGCUGUCACCAAAUGCUGAGAGAGACACGUUAUUAACAAACAGUGAGGAAUCUUCUUUUAUGAAAAUCAGUCCCACCUCCUGGAAAUGUUACUUUAUGACAAUUUCUGCGUUAGAAGUGGGAAAGCAUGAGCUGUGGAUUCCAAAAUUACUCUGAAGACUACUUUCUUACCAACGAAGAUAAUGCUGCUGAUUGGGAAUUAUUCCCUAUGAAGUAUCAUUUUCUUCUAAGGCAAUAUUUAGUGCGUUGGUGGUUCAAUCAUAAUGUAUUGGAUUCUCAUUCAUUUGUGCAUGAAUUUUCUGUUUGAGUAUGUUGGAAUGUGCUUGGUGGGCAACAGUUAUUUAGUGCAUUGUGCUGAUUGAAACCCUGAUAGGGACAUUUCUUUCCUUCUUUAA